AUGAAAUCCCCGGCAACUCCGUCCGUCAAAAACCCUCAAUUUUCCCGCCAAAUUUACAGCGAAGCCAAAACCUUCACUUCCAGAAACUUCUCCGCAAGAUCUCCGGCCACUCCGAACCCAGCCAAUCGGAAAAUCCGUGUAGGCCUCGACGGAAAAACAGUCGAAGCUUCUCGAUCUCGACGAAGUUCAAAACCGAGAGAGCGAGAGAAUCGGAGAAUUCAAGCAACGAAGAGUUGGACUCUUCCGCGCUGGCCAUGCUCGCAAUUAAACAGGGUUUUGAGGUUAGCGGCUCCGGAUAUGGGAUGGAGUAGCUUCAUGGAUGCAUAUAGGCCAUUCAGUGACAAAUGUUCAAAGGAGGUACAAGCAAGACAAUCGGUUACAAUCUUAUUGCUGUAAGCGGUAGUCAUGUCAGGGUGCAUAUUCCUUGCUGACCGAUGGAAAGCAAGCAAUAGGAUCAGACACUUUGAGCCAUCUAAGGCAUUUUCCAC